AUGGUCAACAUGGGAUUCAGCAAGGGGAAAUCAUGCUUAACUAAUGUGAUAGCUUUCUAUGAUGGUGUGACUAGCUGGGUAGAUGGCAGAAGAGCAGUGGAUGUUGCCUGUCUUGUCUUCAGCAAGGUAAUAAUCUAUGGGGAUUUGCCAAAAAAUAAAGAAAAUGUAAUAUAUUUAUCAAAUCAUCAGUGUACAGUGGACUGGAUUAUUGCGGACAUGUUGGCAAUUAGGCAGAAUGCUCUCGGGCAUGUCCGCUAUGUCUUGAAAGAUGGGUUAAAAUGGCUCCCGCUGUACGGGUGGUAUUUUUCACAGCACGGUGGAGUCUAUGUAAAAAGAAGUGCCAAAUUCAAUGAAAAAGAAAUGAGGGAGAAGUUGCGGGCCCAGAUGAAAGCUGAGACUCCGAUGUAUUUAGUGAUUUUUCCAGAGGGGACUCGUUACAAUCCAGAAAUACCAAAAGUCAUUGCAGAUAGUCAAUCAUUUGCUGAAAAGGAAGGACUUGCUAUAUUAAAGCAUGUGUUAACACCACGUGUGAAGGCAACUCAUGUAGCCAUUGACACAAUGAAGGACUACCUGGAUGCAGUGUAUGAUGUGACUGUAGCUUAUGAAGGUACUGUGGACCACAAAGGACAAAGAAAACUGGCACCAUCUAUGACAGAGUUUCUUUGCAAGGAAUGCCCAAGAGUUCAUAUUUUCAUUGAUCGAAUUGAACUGAAGGACAUACCAGAAGAGCAGAUGUAUAUGAGAAGGUGGCUUCAUGAACGCUUUGAAAUAAAGGAUAAGUUACUAAUAGAGUUUUAUGAUGCAAAGGAUUCUAAAAGAAGAAAUAAGUUCCCUGGAAAAAGUGUGCAUUCCAAACUAAGCCUCAAGAAAACUUUGCCAUCUUUGCUGUUUUUAGGUGGCCUGACUGCUAGUAUGCUUCUGACAGAAUCUGGAAGGAAACUUUAUGUAAAAACAUGGAUAUAUGGGACUUUAAUUGGCUGCCUGUGGGUUAGCAUUAAACCAUGAGCAGAUGUUAGUCUCCAAUCAGUGAAAUGUGCAGUCUUUUCUUGCACAUUGCACCAAACUUUUUCCUGACUUUAUAGAAAAUACAGUGUAAAUAAAGCCUUAUCGAUCGA